AUGUUGGAAGAGCAGCGUACGCAUAAUGAAAAUUUGGUGCGUAGUAGCAAUAAUACCAUUGAAAGUACAAUCAAAAGCAUAAUUUCGUUUGCUGCUAAACAUUCAGAGGCUGAUAUUCUUCUUGCUGAUGUAACGAAUAAAUAUUUUUACUACACUCGCACUCGAGGAUUAUUUCGGAUCUGUUUUCCAAAAGAGAGACCACCAGUUAGUACAGUACCUACAUAUUUAUCACCAAUUGAAACACACUGCUCAAAUAUUGAUUAUUUUCCUGUACUGGAUGACGAUAAACUUUCGAAUGAAGAUGCUACAUCAAGGUUACAUCUAGCUAGAUCUUGUGUUGCUCUAUAUAUUAUAAGUUUCUUAACCUUAUUUUGUGCAUUUUGGACGGGACUUUCUGGAUGCUGGAAAAGGUCAUCUGGAGCAAUUACAGCAACGUCAAUAUUGCUAUUAGCAUCUUGUCUACUUGCGGCUGGUGCAAUGGGCUUAUGGCAUACUGUGGAAUUUUUUGAAAGAGAAAAGGUUGUCGGCGAAGAUUUUUUUCAACAAUGGAAUACGGUUUUAAAAGAUAAUACCAAAAUUGUGUACGAUUGGUCUUAUGCAGUGGCAUGGGCUGGAAUAGCAACAUGUCUUCUCGCUGCUAUUUUACUUUCUGGAGCUGCUGUAUGCCUACGAAAUGAACGUGAAAAAGAAGAGCAAUUAAACUUACAGUACUUGAUGCCAGGUAAUAUUAAAUAA